AUGUACAAACAUCUCUCCUUCCUCUUCAACUUCAACCCCGAAACCUCUUUUUAUGGGUUCGUUAACACCUUUUUGUUCCGAUUGUCUACCAUGGCUCCUUCUCAAAAGGUCGUCAUUAUGAUGUGGAGAACCAGAUAUCUGCCUUCCGUCCAACGCUGUCACGUAUGGACAUUGUCCCAGGGAUCAUUGACUACACAAUUGUUGUCGCGGCAUCGAAAGUCGCAGGUGAAAUCCCAUAUACGUGGGGCUCUCACAACUGGCAUCAAGUGGUACUUCAUCGUGGUCCAUCUUAACGCCGACGAUGAUGGUGGGACAUACUGGGUCACAGAGCCGAUCGAGUGGAGGUGGAAGACUAAGCAAGGUGGAAGACUAAGCAAGAUCCAGCUUCUCAGGAACGCAUUAUUGAGGAGACCUCUGAUGAGUCCAAUCCUGCCCUCGAUCCUUUCGUCAUGGGUUACAGACACCUUUACGGAGUUUGGGGGUGACCAAUGGUUCAACCGAAGACUGUGA